AUGAACGUUUUCGAAGAACAACGAGGCAUGAUCUCCCUGUUCGCCUCCAAAGGCAAAGAGGGAGCGAUCGUUGCCGUCAUUCUUGAGGAGCUCAAACUCCCAUAUCGCCUCCAUGUGGUCGAAAACCCACAAGAUAUCGAUGCGAAAUGCCUUCCAGUGCUCAAAAACAUUCAAAGCGACGGCGAGCAGAUUGAUCUUUGCGGCUUCAAAGACGUGGUGUCGUACCUGAUCGAACGCUAUGACACAAAGCACGUAGUGUCCUAUAAGCAGGGCUCCCAGGAAGAGGAGGAGGUCAAGAACUGGGUCGCGUCUUUAUCCGAACCACAUGGCGCCCAUUCGGAGCAGCAUCGUUUUAAUCUCGAUGCCGACGAUGGAGUCCCCUUUGCCAGGAAGGCUAUCCACCUGUAUCUCCACCUGGAACAACAUCUCCAGAAGUCGCACAACAACUACCUCGUGGGCAAGAAGUGCACCCUCGCGGACCUCCUUCAUCUUCCCUAUGUGGCUGCUGCGGGCUCGGCCGGCCUCGAUCUGGAGCGGUUCCCGGAAUUAACUACGUGGUUUGACCGGGUUUACCAGCGGCCGGCGGUGCAGAAAGGCUUUGCUGCUUUCCAUAUGAAGCUUCGUGGAUAG